AUGAAGUAUGUCAUCGAGCACAUGGAGGAGGGCUUCUCCGAAUGGGUCAUUCUAGAAUAUUCCCAAAUUAUCCGCGACGUUGGCCGUGAGAACCUCAUUUUGACGUCGUUGCCUCAAUCCACAACGGAAAACGAUAUCCCACAGCAACUCAGAGACUUGGGUUUGGUCUGGACUACCGACGAGUGUGUUACAAUUGACGGAGGCUUGAAAAAGGACGCUGUUUGCUUGCUUGACCCUGCUGCAGAGGAAGAGUUAUCUCCUCAAGAUGCCGAGAAGUUCGACUAUUUUGUGUUUGGAGGUAUCUUGGGAUCCCACCCUAGAGUAGACCGUACCGGAAUUUUGCGUAAGAAAUACGGCUUUGCUGGAAGAAGAUUGGGUGCAUUGCAAAUGACCACAGAUACUGCCAUUAGAACCACAAAGAUUAUCAUCGAGCAACAGACAGAGUUCAGAGACAUUGCAUUUAUCGACUACCCCGAGAUCAAGUUCAACAAGUAUGAGUCCACCGAAAUGCCCUUCAGAUACGUUUUAGACGCCGAGGGAAAUCCAGUGUUGCCUAAAGGUAUGUUAGACCUCAUCAAGCACGACGCUGAGCAAAGUAUUGAUGACUUGUUGAUGGAGUAA